GGGGGAGUGGAGCGGAACAGAGACCCGGCUAUACGCGAGAGCUCUUUGGAGCUUCUUGUUCACGAGCUUCGAAGCGGAGACCGGCCUCUGCCCGUCGACGGAGACGGGCAGUGAGACAGAGAGAAAGAGAGAGAGAGAGAGAAACGCGAACGCGAAAGACGCCAAGUUCUCUCGGCGGUGUUCUCGUUCACGACUACGCGCAAUUCGACUCCUGGUGGUUCGAGAACGAACGCGUACGUUUCUCCACGUUCUCGGCGUCACGAGCUCCUGUCCGUACACAUCGAGACAUCGAGAAGAAGCGGCACGUUCAUGUGCGCGGAACCUCCGAACGGCGUUUAUACGCAAUUGAGAGGCAGGCGUUGAUUAAGAAGCGAAAUUCACGGACCAGAUGUUGAUAUCUCUGCAUACUUAUAUAUGACAACACACUCCGAUCUCACGAAAGAUCAGUGAAACGUGCCGUGACGUAGUGUCCCGACGUCAAUAAGGAGCAGAAGGCUUGUACGUAUCUGUGGCUCUCUGGAGAUCGGCGAGGAACGCCAGCGUCGGGUCGCUAUGAUGGAGUCGCUCUGCCAGGUGAACGGCAGCAAGACCAACGGCAUCGGCAAUGGGGAUCUCAACAACGAGACCAACAAUAACAACACGAACAACAAUAAUAAUGCCCACAAUAACAAUAACCACAGCAACAGUAACAAUAAUAACAACAACAACAGCAACGCUACCGAUUGUCCGGAUCCUCAGCAGAGGUUGGCGGUGCUGAGUUUCGAGCAGGUCCGCCGGCUGAACGAUGUGAUGAACGAAGUCGUCAGCAUUCACGGCCGAGGGAACUUCCCCACCUUGGAGGUCCGAUUGAGGGAUCUCGUGACGGUGGUGCGCAGCAAGCUGGAAACCGAUCCGAGCAACGGGGGCGCCGGCAUGAGGGUACGCGAUAUCCGGCUGAACGGAGGCGCCGCUUCCCACGUGCUGGCCACCGAGUCCCAGCCGUACAACGACCUGGACCUUAUCUUCGCGGUCGAGCUGUCCAGCGGCCGUAAUUACGACAAGGUCAAGGCCGCAGUGCUUGGCUCCCUGUUUGACCUGCUGCCGGAAGGCGUGAGCCGCAAACGCAUCACCACCUGCAGUCUGAAGGAGGCUUACGUAAGCAAGAUGGUGAAAGUGAACAACGACGGCGAUCGGUGGUCCCUGAUCUCCCUCGGCAACUCCCGGGGCCAUCGAAAUGUCGAGCUCAAGUUCGUCGACUCGAUGAGACGGCAAUUCGAAUUCUCCGUCGACUCCUUUCAAAUCGUUCUCGACUCCCUGCUGCUCUUCUACGAGUGCAGCAAGCUGCCGAUCGCCGAGAACUUCUACCCGACCGUGGUCGGCGAGUCCGUCUACGGUGAUUUUCAAGAAGCGCUCUACCACCUCCACAAGAAGCUCAUCUCGACGAGGCAUCCUGAAGAGAUACGCGGCGGCGGCCUACUCAAAUAUUGCAACCUAUUGGUGAAGAUGUACAAACCGUCUCAGCCGGAUUACAUCAAGACGCUCGAACGAUACAUGUGCUCGAGAUUCUUCAUUGAUUUCCCGGAUAUCGGACAGCAGCGUUCCAAACUCGAGAACUACCUGUGGAAUCACUUUGUUGGGCCCGAGGAGGAGGCCCUCAAGUAUCAGUACCUGAUGCUGCUGCAUAGCGUCGUCGAGGAAUCUACCGUCUGCCUGAUGGGCCACGAGCGACGGCAAACCCUCGCGUUGAUUCAGAACCUUGCCUACCAGGUGCUCUGCCAGGAGCAGCAGCAGCGGUUGACGAGUCACCAGCAGGCGCCGCAAGGUCCGCCUACCGCCUACGUCUAUGCCACCGGCAACGGUUAUUACUACACGCCCGUGAUACCCACGACGGCAUGCUAUACGUGCACCUGCAACUGGAUGGCGUGCUCCUCGUGAUGCGACGAUAUCGGCGAUAACGUCAUAUCCGUAGACGUCGCCACUGCUACCACCGACAUCUCCACCUUUACCACU